AUGUUCAGAAAGAUCCACUCCAUCCUCCACCACGGUCCGCAGGGGAAGGCGGCGGCGGAGGACCCCUGCUACACGGGAGCCAGCCCUGCGGUCCGGCUGUUUCGCAGCACCUCCAUGUACGUGGUCGGAGACCACUUUGAGAGGUGCAGCGAGCCCUUGAAGGAAUACAGAAGCACGCACAGCAUGGACACCGGCCUGCACUAUCUGCGGCAGGAGGACCGCGCCUGGAUGUUCUCGCGCACCCAGGACUGCCUGCAGUACCUUCAGGAGCUGCUGGCCCUGCGCAAGAAGUAUCUCAGCAGCCUGGGCGACCUGAGGCCCCGGCGCACGCAGGUCGCCGGGUCCACUUUCUCCAAGUCCUCCAAGGGAGCCGCUCAAAAGACCCGGGGAGAAAGCAAGAAAGCAACCUCGAAGAAAUACUCACAGUUCAGCACCGAUGUAGCUGAGGCCAUUGCCUUCUUUGACUCCAUCAUUGCAGAGCUAGAGACAGAAAAACGGCCGAGGGCUGCUGACACUGACCUGCCUAAUGAAGAUGUGGACUUCGAUGUGGCUACCAGCUCACGGGAGCACAGCUUGCAUUCCAACUGGAUUCUGCGGGCACCACGCAGACAUUCUGAGGCCAUUGCUCAUGCCACUGCAGACAGCCGUUUUCGGAAAAGCGCGGAGCACAGGGUCGCUGGCACCCAGAGGAGGCUGGAGAGACACCCCAUUUACCUGCCCAAGGCUGUGGAAGGGGCCUUCAACACCCUGAAAUUUAAGCCCAAAGCCCACAAAAAAGACCUGGGGAACUCCAGACAGAUCCUCUGCAGCGUCUCCAAAGAAGACAUGGAGUGGGACAAGGAGUUCUUCACACAGGAGUCCCCGGUGUCUCUGGAGGAGGAUUAUCGUGGGACAGAGAAUCCCAAAGGGCAAUGGCUGAUUCGAGAAAGACUCUGGGAGCGGACGGUGCCCUGA